AUGGACUUUCAAAGGUUAUGGAGCAACUUCAGUUCCUUCCUGCGAAGGUCGCCUUUGCCACCAUCCCCUAAUGGUCGCCAUAUUCCCAUCCGCCUCGGCGGCCACGAGUUGUUGCGAGACGAGCGCCGAGGACGCCCAUACAUCUCCAAUGCCAUCAAGACCUCCAAGUACAACGUUUUCGAUUUUCUACCAAGACAACUUCUCUAUCAAUUUUCUCGCCUAGCCAACUUUUACAUGCUUGUCAUUUCUAUCCUCCAAAUGAUCCCUGGAUUCAGCACGACUGGCAAAUUCACAACGAUUAUCCCACUUAUCAUCUUCUUGUCCAUCCUUAUCGUUAAAGAGGGGUAUUAUGACUGGAAAAGGCACCGGCAAGACGUCAAAGAGAACAAUAGAUUGGCCACCGCUCUUCGUAGUGCUGCGCCUGAAGUGGCACGAUCUUUGACGCCAGAAGCUCAGCAUGAUGCGGCAUCGUAUCAGUGGACGCAAACAACCUGGAAAGACCUUAAAGUUGGAGAUAUUGUUUUGCUCGCCAGAGACGAUGAUUUGCCAGCAGAUGUAGUGCUACUUCAUGCCGAUGGGCAAGAUGGCUUAGCAUAUGUUGACACGAUGGCACUAGAUGGCGAAACCAGCCUAAAAGCCAAGCAGAGACCAGCAAAUCUUUCCAAUUGUGGCACUAUCGAACAAAUCGCAUUCUGCAAUACCGAAUUGCAGACCGAAGAUCCAAACGCGGAUCUAUAUCGCUUCGACGGCAAACUUACGACCAUGGGCAACACGAUACCCCUUACUGUGAAUGAAGUAAUAUAUCGCGGUAGCACGAUUCGAAACACUUCUCAAAUUAUUGCCAUUGUAAUUAACACUGGAGAGGAAUGCAAGAUUAGGAAGAAUGCGAAUCGCGACACGAAGCCCAAGCAGCCGGCCCUCGAAGGUCUCACAAAUCUUAUUGUCCUCUUCCUGAUGACAUAUGUUCUCGUCAGCUCAGCUAUUCCUGCGAUAGCAUAUACCUUCUGGAAGAACUCAGAGGAACGCUUCGCUUGGUACUUGUCCGGUGUAUCAAUACCAUUUGCCGAUAUUUUUGUUGGUUUCAUCAUUAUGUUCAACAACGUCAUUCCGCUUUCUCUAUAUGUUGGCCUCGAAGGUAUUAAACUGGGGCAAAUGCAUCUCAUCAGCAACGACUUGGAAAUGUACCACCGGGAGACCGAUACUCCGGCAGACGUGAACACGACUAACAAUCUCGACGACCUCGGCCAGGUCAGCUAUGUCUUUAGUGACAAGACCGGAACGCUAACAGAGAACAUCAUGAACCUACGAAAACUGAGUGUUGCUGGAAUUAGCCUGUCACACCUCCAAGAGGACAUUUCUGGCGAUAUUGCUGACGCUACGGAUAUGACAACCCCCACGUCUAGCGUAACCACACGCAAAAUGCUGGACUACAUCCGAAUGAGGCCCGACUCUCUGCUUGCCGCGAAAGUCACACGUUACAUAUUGGCAAUUGCACUUUGCCAUACCUGCUUACCCGAAAAGACAGAAGACGGAGAGCUCGACUUCCAAGCCUCUUCUCCAGACGAGCUCGCCUUAGUAAGGGGGGCUAGAGAUCUUGGCUUCCGAGUUACCCAGCGGUCAUCCCAAUCGAUCACCGUGCAGAUGCCAUACGCCGAUGGUAGCAGCUACUCCACUGUCUUCGAGGUUCUGGAUGUGAUUGAAUUCAGUAGCAAACGGAAACGAAUGACUAUUAUCCUGCGUUGCCCGGAUGGCAAGCUUUGGCUCAUAUGCAAAGGCGCCGACUCCAUCAUCUUGCCAAGACUGAAAAGGGCUCCUGCAGACAUGAAGGGCAGUCCUGGUGGUUCGCAAAGGCCUGCCAGCGUGACCAACAUGCCGUCCCGCUGGAAUUCACGACGAUCUAAACAAGCAGACAUCUUUGUGGAAACCAGAGAAAUGGUUGACCAUCCGCUGUCACCCGAAAAUGGAAAUUUUGGUAUUCCUCUUCGGCCACAAUCUACAUAUGGAGGCCAAAUGGGUGAUGUACAGCGCGAUGGAUCGUCACAGUUUGGCUUCUUAGAUGAAUCUGCGAUUUCUGACGAGGCAAAAAAUAUUCGCAAAUGCUUCGUCCAUAUUGACGACUACGCCAAAGAGGGCUUGCGCACAUUGGUGUAUGCUGAAAAGUAUCUUGAUCAGCAGGACUACCAAAGCUGGAAGCAACUAUAUCGCGACGCCGAAACGAGUUUAGACAACCGCCAAAACUUGAUCGAAGAAGUCAGUGAGCUAGUAGAACAAUCUUUCGAUCUCCUCGGCGCGUCUGCUGUCGAGGACAAAUUGCAAAAGGGCGUUCCAGAGACCAUUGAGAAACUCCGCCAAGCUAGAGUCAAAAUCUGGAUGCUUACUGGCGACAAGCGGGAAACCGCCAUCAACAUUGCUCACUCGACACGGCUCAUCAGUGCUUCUACAUCUCUUUUCGUUUUGGAUGUAGACAACGGCAACCUCGAACAUCAACUCAACAGUAUAACGGACGAGAUCCAGUAUGGCCUUAGCACGUAUUCCUCGGCAACACAUCGCACAGAUACAGCAAUUGUGAUUGAUGGGGAAACUCUAACAGCCAUGGACAAUCUGUCAACUGAGCCAUUUCGCCGCCUCUUUAUGUCGUUAGUUACGAAGGUCGAUUCUGUAAUCUGUUGUCGCGCAUCGCCAGCUCAAAAGGCUCUGCUUGUUACGGCUAUUCGCAAAAGCCCGCGACAGAAAAAGUCGGGUUUCCUCUCUUGGCUCAAACCAGGGACCAAGAAUAUCACACUUGCCAUUGGCGACGGUGCGAAUGAUUUGGCAAUGAUUUCGGCAGCAAAUGUUGGUGUUGGCAUUUCUGGCCGCGAAGGGCAGCAAGCCGCCAGGUUAGCCGAUUUCAGUAUAUCGCAGUUCAGGUAUCUGUCUCGCCUGAUGCUUGUCCAUGGCCGUUGGAACUAUUACCGCACAACGCGAUUUAUUCUGGUAACAUUUUGGAAGGAGACCUUUUUAUACUUCCCUCAGGCACUUUUCCAAGCGCAUACCGGAGCAACUGGAACCAGUCUUUACGAACCGGGAAGUCUUGUUUUCGCCAGUUUCUUUACUGGCGCAUGCAUCUUUGUCAUUGGCGCAUGGGAGCAGGACCUCAAACCACGCACCCUCACACUUGUCCCGGAGCUUUUCCAAUACGGGCAGAACGCUGAAGGAUUAAACAUGGCUGUUUAUCUCAGCUGGUUCUUCAACGCACUGAUUGCUGCAACCAUCAUCUACGCAGGCGCCUGGGGUGGUUAUGCUGAAGCCGAGGGUGUUGAGGACGGGCUAUACGCGCAAGCAAUGCUGACCUUCAUCGUGUGCGUCGUCUGGAUCAACAUCAAGAUAUUAGUUAUUGAAAUGCACUAUAAGACCAAGGUCGUGUUUUACGCUGCCUUGGGUUCUGUUGCUGGCGUGUGGGUUUUCGCCAUCAUCAUUGGAGUAGUGUCGUCUUCAGUUUCGGGGCCUUACUCAAUCCGUUACGGUCUUCUUCAAGGGUUCGGUACAGAUGCUUCGUGGUGGUCCACGUUCCUCAUGGUCCUGGGAGCGUUGACUCUGAUGGAAUUAACGUUCAAGGCAUUUCUUCAGAACCAUGCAUUGCGUGCUUGGCUGUCGCGUUGCUGGUCAUCAAACGACAGAUUAGAGCGUAAGGGCGGAGGCGUAAGAGAAGGGUUCUGUGACUGGGAAACCCGGUUAUGGCAAGAAAUGGAGAAAGACGCCCGCGUACAGGCGGCGCUGGCAGAACUAAGCAACGCACAGAGCACAUGA